AGCAUAACCCACCCCUUGGUCUCUCCUGACUCCCCCUAGGCUGUAGUGGCGGCAGCAGCAGCGGUGGCGACAUGAGCAGCGGGGCGGCGUCCGGGACUGGGCGGGGGCGGCCCCGGGGCGGGGGGCCGGGACCCAGGGACCCUCCGCCCGGCGAGACUCACAAGCUGGUGGUCGUAGGCGGCGGCGGCGUGGGCAAGAGCGCGCUGACCAUCCAGUUCAUCCAGUCCUACUUUGUGUCUGACUAUGACCCCACCAUUGAGGAUUCCUACACAAAGAUCUGCACUGUGGAUGGCGUCCCUGCACGGCUGGACAUCCUGGACACCGCGGGGCAAGAGGAAUUUGGUGCCAUGCGGGAGCAGUACAUGCGUGCUGGCAAUGGCUUCCUGCUGGUGUUCGCCAUUAAUGAUAGGCAGAGUUUCAAUGAGGUAGGCAAGCUCUUCACUCAGAUUCUCAGAGUCAAGGACCGGGAUGAUUUCCCCAUUGUGCUGGUUGGGAACAAGGCAGAUCUGGAGACCCAGCGCCAGGUCCUCCGAUCUGAAGCCUCCUCUUUCAGUGCUUCCCACCACAUGACUUACUUUGAGGCCUCAGCCAAACUGCGUCUGAAUGUCGAUGAGGCAUUUGAGCAGCUGGUGCGCACUGUCCGGAAAUACCAGGAGCAAGAACUCCCUCCUAGCCCACCCAGUGCUCCCAGGAAGAAGGAUGGAGGGUGCCCCUGUGUCCUGCUGUAGCCAAAUAGCCUCAAGCAACCAGCACAAGCUCUCGGGACCAGCUGCCUCACACUUGCUGUGUGGCCCAAGGCUCUCUUUGGAUGAGCUUCAGUUUCAUCCUCUGGGUUCCCCAGGACACACUACACCUUCUUACCUUUACUUCCUGGCCUCCUGGGGCUGCCACUGUGUGCCUUCUGUCAAUACCUCCUCCUUUCCCCCACAAGACCCUGGUAGGGUGAGGAGCAUCUUGUCACUGUUGUAUAUAAGUCCUAUCUUUCAGAAAAAUAAAUAUCACUGCCAAUGA